ACCCUAAGAAACCCAGUGCAACGGCGCCGACCUCCCCCCUGCUACAAUAUUCGGCUGGCCGUCCCGUUAUCCCAAAACAUCUCUAUACCUUCCGUUCCGCUUAAAAUGGCUCGAAAGCGUCGCCUCCAAGACCCGCCUCCUCUUCCUCCUGCUGCUGCUGCUGCUGCUUCUUCAACUGAAGAUGAAGUGGAAGAAUCGGCGAGCGACGCCGUUGAAGAGGAAGCCAACGGUGUUUCUGACGGCAUAGAGCGCGAAGAUGAAAAGUCUGAGGGCAAUGCUGAAGAUGAAUCGGUGGAGGAAUCCGAAACCGAGUCUGACAAGACCCAGCCCUCGCCGUCCGUGUCGGAUUUCACCAUCAAGCCCAUUGUGAGCAAGCCAAUCAGUGACUCCGCGAAACAUCUGAAGCAUGCAGCCAACAACGAUUCGGCUCCCGUGCCUGCAACUAUCGUCGCUGCUGGAGGCUCAAAGCGCGCUAAUGAUAGCAACACAGAGAAGAAAGAGUCCAAAAAGAAGAAGCUGUCGGAAAGUCAGGAUGAAGAUGUGAAAAAAGAGCCUGGUGUCCAACGCCUUUGGAAUGAGGAUGAUGAGAUCGCGAUCUUAAAGGGAAUGAUCGAUUACCAUUCAAAGAGAGGUGUUGACCCAUGCUCCGAGAUGUCGCUGUUUCAUGAAUACAUGAAGAAUAAGAUCCAUGCUGAUGUAUCUAAGGCGCAAUUAGUGAACAAAAUCCGGAGUCUGAAGAGGAAGUUCCAAACGAAUGCAAAAAAGGGUGAAAAUGGCGAGGACCCUGUUUUCUCUAAGCCGUGUUAUCACGAAAUUUUCGAGCUUUCCAAGAAAGUCUGGGAAUCUGAAGCUGCUAAUGGAGUGGAUCAGAGAAAGCCAGGCCAGAGCAAAGGCAAGAAUUCUUCUACUUUAGGAUCGCCGAAGCGGGAUAUGGUUGAGGAUAAAUAUGAGCCACAUGGUGAUGUGAAUGCUAUGCCAGCGAAAUCAUUCUCUAAAUCAUCCCUUUUGGGUGGGUUUCUGGUCUCGGGGAAGCUUUCGUUACCUGAAUCAGCCAUGGACAUUGUGAAGGAAGCAAUGCCCUUGAUCGGGAGUUCGAAGGCCAAUGAGUUAGAACGAAGGGGCAAGGAAUUGCAGAAGGAUGAAUUCCUAUUGUAUUUAAGAGGGUCGAAUUGAUUCAUGAUACUGCAAAAGUAGCAGUGGAUGUAAUGAAAUCUUCGGUGUAGUAACUAUCCUGGCAACGAUACCUCAUGGACCCAUUGGACUUGUUCACAACCUUGGAAUUGGGCUAGGAGGUGUAUAGGAUUGAAAGCCGCUGCUUAUAUCUAUGACAUUAUUAUCAUUAUCAUUAUUUUGCAAGUAUGCUUGAACUCCUUUUGUUACAUAUUGUGCAUAGUAUGUUUAAAGCUUUCAAUAUGCCUCCACUUUAAGGUAUUUUAAUUGGAAAGGAGAUGGAUGUGCUGUGAUGAGAUGAUCAUGUUGCUGCUUGCUGUGGUGACUAGGCUGUAUGGAGAGUUCUUACUCAAUUUUUGGGAAUAUUUUGAUAAUUGCACUGUGAAUUUUGUCAAUAGUUCGAAUUUGACGUUUUCGUCUACCUUAGAUUGUGUUAUUAGUAAAGCUACUGUGCCUCUUCCAUUUCAAGGAAAGGUUGUGAGUUAACCAUGAUGCUUUGAUAACUUGUUAACAUUGGAACUAACCAUGAUAAGGUUCAGAAGGGCAAACUUUGGGGCUAUGCUCAGGCAGCCAAAGAAGGGAUUGUUUCCUUCAGGAUCAAGCAUCAAGUCAGUUCUCUACUCUGCUCUUCAUCUACCUUUCGAGCUCCAGUUGAGUGAAAAUGAUGUUGGAGGUGAAUAGCAUGACAAAAUUGUAUCAAGGGGACGUGAGGGAGAAACUUUUGGAUGCGGUUGAAGUCUUGAAGAUUUGAAGCUGGAGUCACUGGCAGGAAAAUGGGAGCGGAUGUUGAGGAUAUUUUUUUCUCUUUUUCUUUUACCUAUCAGGUAAAUGGGAAGAGAUGUUGGGGGAUUUUUAUCAGAGUACAUUGUUCCUGUUUGUAGACAGCAAAGCAAAAUGGAAUUUAUGUACCGAAGAUUGACAGGCCUUUGCAAACACAUGGUAGCAGACGUGUGUAGUCACAGAGUUACUGUGCUUCAUGCUAUGGUGCAGCAGGGUAGUAGUUAGAAUCUUCUAAACUUUUGUUACAUUUAGGAUAGUUUAUUGCAUGUGACUCAUAUACUGCUUACACGCUAAUCCGUGGUUUUCUUGCUUGUAUAAUUUUGUGAACAUAUCUUAAAUCUUUUCCAUCAUUAUAUGCAUUACAUAUAAUUAUGAGAAGCAUGAUUGUUGAUGUAGA